UCACUAAUGCCCGAGGAUUUGAGAGCAAUAAUUCAACAAAGAUUUCAAGACGCCCAGGCGUCGCGACUCGAGGAUGAAAAUGUGUUCGACGAUGUUGGAACUGGGGAGGAUGUUGUCGAAGAGAUAGCAGAAAGCGAACAUGGCAAAUAG